AUGAUGAUGACAAGUGGCGGAACAAACGGAACCGCUGCAGCGGCGGAGACGGUGAACGCUGCCGCCGUUGCUGCUGCGGUUGCCUCGCUGGACCACCGCCUUCCCCAUGCUCCGCUUCAGAAAAGAAGAUGGGCUGUAGUAGUAGGGCGUUGGUGGAGCCCCUACCGCUGGUGUUUGGGUUCAGACAACAACACGAGAAUCCGACCGAACAACAACAUUGUGGUGGCCCCACCUUCCUCCCCCGCGUCGUUCGGCUCCCCUGCCACAUCACCGCCUACCAUAUUCUUGUCGGCUUUGAUCACAAACGAUCCACUACACUACACACACGACACACGCGCACAGUUGCUAGUCUCCCCUCCCGAUUUCAGCACCGAGCCAUCGACCGGACCACACACUCCUCAGCCCGAAUUAGCCAACCCACCUUUGUCGCCGGAGGUGCCGUUUGCACGGGUUUUCAAGCUCCGCUCCCAAUAUACGGAUGGACCAGAUGGAGAAGAUGGAAAUGGAAAUUCUGAUGUUUGA